GCAUAAACACAUUGGAAACCACUUCCCCCCAAAUGCAGCUCGCAACAACUCCAACAAUUAAGGUGUUAUAAUAUAUCAACCCUCUCGUUGCCUGCAGCCCGUCGCCUCCAAACACCCAAAACCCCCAAUAUACAAGAAAUUGCAAAAAUAGGGAAAUUUCAUCAAUUCAAGAAAAGAAUCGUUUUUAAAUUUUUUUUACAAAACUUCCGGCGAACGAAGAGCACACGAAGCCGUCGAUACCAGUAAUGUCGACGCGUUUUUCAUACUCUUUUGUGUUUCAUUACAGACGACAGAGAGAAAUCGAAUUGAAAAAUUAACCCACAUCAUACUAUUUCAAAUUUUCAACAUAAAACCCUCAUUUCAGAGCUACCACUAGAAUCGUUCCUUCAUCGGAAUGUAUGCCAUGAAUGAAGAGAAAACGGCUUACCAGAUCGGCGAUGAAUGAAGAACAAAUUCGCCGUCAAUAAGAGGAACCGAAUUUUAUGUACAAAAUUGGGAGGGCAAAUUCGGAAUCCAAAAUUUUAAACACCGUGGGGUACACAAUCGAGGAUGAACAGUAGUUUAGCAGCGGGCUUUCCCUUUUCAUCACACCGAAAAAAACGCUAGUUAAUUAAACAAACACGCUUAAACUAACCUAUCAAACACAGCCCCUUUCAAUCUCGUCUCCUCUCCCUCCGGAAACCCUAAUUCUCCACCAUUACCAAAACAAUGGCGGCCGCUGCAGCGAUCUCAACACCACCCACUUUCAAUCUCUCCUCCGGAAACCCUAAUUCUUCUUCUCUGCCCCACCUCAAGCUCACCUCCUGCAAUGUCAAUCCAUCAAUCUCCUACUCCCAAUCCCUCAAGCUCGACCGUAAUUCCCGAUUCCUAACCGCCGCCACCGCUUCCCCGUCCUCCGCCGUUAACGGUACCAACUCAUUUCACGGUCUGUGCUACGUCGUCGGAGACAACAUCGACACCGACCAAAUCAUCCCCGCCGAGUACCUUACCCUCGUCCCUUCCAACCCCGACGAGUACGAAAAGCUUGGCUCCUACGCCCUAAUCGGACUACCCGCCUCAUACGGCGCCCGAUUCAUCGAACCCGGGGCCACUAAAACAAAGUACGCAAUCGUUAUUGGCGGCGAUAACUUCGGCUGCGGCUCGUCCCGUGAGCAUGCUCCCGUGGCGCUGGGAGCAUCCGGCGUGGCGGCGGUGGUGGCGGAAUCGUACGCCAGGAUCUUUUUCAGGAAUUCGGUCGCCACCGGAGAGAUUUAUCCGUUGGAAUCGGAGGGGAGAUUGUGCGACGAGUGCACGACUGGGGAUGUGCUGACUAUCGAGCUUGGUGAGAGUAAGCUCAUCAAUCAUACCACGGGGAAAGAGUAUAAGUUGAAGCCCAUCGGGGAUGCCGGCCCUGUCAUCGAGGCCGGUGGGAUCUUCGCAUAUGCCAGGAAAGCUGGGAUGAUCCCUUCUCGCGAUGCCUGAAACACUUUUCCGGUAUCAUCGCAUCCUGGCAUCUUUAUGAGUCUUGAGAAGAGGCAAUUGACAUUGUGAAGAAUAAUGUGUACUUGUAGUGUGAUAGGUGAUGCUUCUUUGUGCUGCAUUAGUUUUAGUGGUUGAAUCAAAAACUUAUUAUCUGUGUUGUGCUGUAUUGAGAUCAAGUUCCUGUAAGGCUGUUUGCUGCAUUAAACAAUCACAUUUGCUUCUA